GUCAUCUUCUUUCUCCAGAGGGCCUCGCUCGCGUUGAGAAGCACCGCCCCGACGCGUACGACCACGACAGCAGCUCAAUACCGCAUCGAGGCAAUCUUUCACAUGUUGAGCGCUCAUGCUAUUUUGUACAGCACGGCGCACGACACAUUUUAUUUGGCAGCCGGACGAGCCAGGAGCGGAGGCGUGCGCGAUGUGCGGAGGGCAGCCGUGCAAGCCCGGCCAAUCCGCGGGAGGCCGCGCGGCGCCGACCCGCACGAGGCUUGCCGAGCCAGCGGCACGGACUGACUCAAGCAGUGGCGAGGCGUCCUGGCUCGCCUACAGAAUGCCGGGACGGUCGGUCCCUGCUCAACUGACUGGCAUCAGUUCACCAGAGCAUCCAUAUCACAGAAAACCGAAAAAGACAACGGCAUGAGCACCAACUUUCGGAACUCCUCGCGGACUUCCAGACCGGCGCAGGGGGGGGUCCAAUGCAGAUGCAAGAACAAUUCGCGUGGGCGUGGAACAACUUCUGCUUGUGUAGUUUGUUCUUCCUCCAGAGUGAGCUGAGGGCCCCUUCAGGAACGCGCGUCGGGGCACUGUCUUCUGAGCGGCGCGUGCAGCAUAUGCCCAGAACGUAUGUGUCGAAGACGGGCUCCCAGUGCAUCAGCCCCGCGGUGCUUUUCGCCCAGCUUUGGCGACGCUUGCCAGAACGAGGACGAGGCUCAGCCCUCGGACGUGCUCCGGUGCGCCCCGUGGCGGCACGCGUGAUCCGGACUCGCCCCGAGGCCGCAGCGGUUGCAGGGAGCUUCGAGGCCUCGAGUCGCCUGUGCUGGAGAGCCUGACAGGGGUCGACGGAGUGGCACUGCUGCACGGCGCGCGCUGGGCCACUGGAUGCACGACACAGGUCGAUCCCCUACUCGAUGGCUGCGUGCAUGCGGAGUGAUGCUUGUGGGGCCAUGCGACUGCCGCGUGCAAAAAGAGCGCAGCCACGAUCCAGUGAGUCUUCUGGUCUCGGGCGCACGGAUGUUUCAGUGUUCUGGACGUGCGGGUUCCGCCCCUUGCCAGGCGCGUGCAAGCUUUUGGAUCGGUCAAAGCCAGCUGGAUAGCCAAGCGAAGCUUGGUGGCCCUGUUUUC